CUGUCUCUUUUUCCUACACCUAUAGACCACUGGGGCUUGGUGGAGGUUUCGCAGGCAGCUUCGCUGUCUUCAAUGGAGUGCACCAAGUUUGUAUCUGGCUGGCUUCAUUCCUUCCUUCAAAGCUCCCAGUUUCACAAUCAUUCCAUAGAAGGAGUAUAUUUGGAUGAAAAGGGAGAUCUGACAGCUGAUCUGGACAUUGUGAACUGGGUUGUUUUCCCAAACAAAUCUGUCAAGAGAAUUAAAUCUGGGAGUCUAGAAAAACUGACAUCCCAGCAUUUGAAAUUCUCCAUUGAUCAGAAGGGUAUUACACAGUUCGAAAUGCUGAAUAAGACCCUUCCUCCUUCCAAGUGUGUGGAAAGCUGUCAUCCUGGAUUUAAAAAGGUGCCCCAGGAAGGGAGACCCAUUUGCUGCUAUGAUUGUCAUCCUUGUGCGGAAGGAACCAUCUCUACCAUGGAAGAUGCUGAAAAAUGUGCCAAAUGUCCAGCAAAUCAGUAUUCAAACAUCAAGAAAAAUGCUUGUAUACCUAAGACUGAAACAUUCCUAUCCUAUCAAGAAAAUUUGGGGAUCAUCCUAGCUUCUCUUGCCUUGUUCCUGUCUUUGGUAACAGGAUUAGUCUUGGGAGUCUUCAUGAAAUUCCAAGAAACUCCCAUAGUCAAAGCCAACAAUCGAGAUCUCUCCUAUAUCCUUCUCAUCUCCCUCUUGCUCUCCUUCUUGUCCUCAUUCCUGUUCAUUGGCCAACCAAGGAGAGCUACUUGCCUUCUUCGACAAACAGCCUUCAGCAACAUCUUCUCAGUUGCCAUUUCUACCAUCUUGGCCAAAACAUUCAUGGUAGUGCUAGCCUUCUUGGCCACAAAACCAGGGAAUAAAGUGCAGAGAUGGCUAGGGAAGAGCCUGGCUAAUUCUAUUAUCUUUUCUUGUUCUGUGGUUCAAGUUGUCCUCUGCAGCAUCUGGUUGGGCACCUCUCCCCCAUUCCCUGAGGUGGACAUGAACUCACAAUCUGCAGAGAUCAUCUUACAAUGUAAUGAAGGAUCUGUUGCCAUGUUCUAUCAUGUCCUUGGCUAUAUGGGGUUCUUGGCUGCCAUCUGCUUCACUGUGGCUUUUCUAGCCAGAAAUCUACCUGCGACUUUUAAUGAAGCCAAACUCAUCACCUUCAGCAUGCUGGUCUUCUGCAGUGUCUGGAUAACCUUUGUACCUACUUACCUGAGCACCAAAGGGAAAUACAUGGUGGCUGUGCAGGUCUUCUCCAUCUUGGCCUCCAGUGCCAGCCUGUUAGGAUUCAUUUUCAUCCCCAAGUGCUACAUUAUUUUCUUAAGACCAGAUUUGAAUACUAAGGAACAUUUGUUGUUGAAAUAA